AUGUCUGUGAUUCUUUUUCAGACCAAAGUCUGCAAGGUAGUAAAAUGCCCAGAUUUGGCUGUCUCUGGCCAGUGGGAGGUAGUCACCGGGCAUGAAGGGAAGCAAGAAUCGGCCAUCUUUGAUGCUGUCAUAGUCUGCCCUGGGUUUCUAACUAACCCUCAUUUGCCACUGGAUUCCUUUCCAGGUAUUCUUCUUUUUAACGGCCAGUACUUUCAUAGUUGACAGUAUAAACAUCCAGAUAUAUUUAAGGACAAGAGAGUCCUUGCAAUUGGAAUGGAAAAUUCUGGCAGAGUCAUUGCUGUUGAAGCCAGUCAUGUGGCAAAAAAGGUGUUCCUCAGCACCACUGGAGGGGCCUGGGUCAUCAGCCGUGUCUUUGACUCGGGGUACCCAUGGGACAUGGUGUUCAUGACGAGAUUUCAGAACAUGUUCAGAAAUUCUCUCCCAACUCCACUUGUGUCAUGGUUGAUAGCAAGAAAGAUGAAUAGCUGGUUCAACCAUGCAAAUUACGGCUUAGUACCAGAAGACAGGAUUCAGCUGAGAGAGCCCAUGCUAAAUGAUGAGCUUCCAGGCCGCAUCAUCACCGGGAAGGUGCUCAUCAGGCCAAGCAUUAAGGAGGUGAAGGAGAACUCAGUCCUAUUUAGCAGCACCCCAGAGGAAGAGCCCACUGAUAUCAUUGUCUUCGCCACUGGGUACACGUUUGUGUUCCACUUCCUGGAUGAGUCUGUAGUGAAAGUGGAAGAUGGCCAGGCCUCACUGUACAAGUAUAUCUUCCCUGCACAUCUGCAAAAGCCAACCCUGGUUGUUAUCAGCCUCAUCAAGCCCUUGGACUCCAUGAUACCUACAGGACCUACAGGAGAGACACAGGCUCGAUGGACUGUUCGAGUCCUGAAAGGUGUGAUUAAAUUACCACCGCCAAGUGUCAUGAUAGAAGAAGCUAAUGUGAGGAAAAAGAACAAGCCCAAUGGGUUUGGCCUGCGCUACUGCAGGGCUCUGCAGUCAGAUUACAUCACAUACAUAGACAAGCUCCUGACUGACAUCAACGCAAAGCCCAACCUGCUGUCUAUGCUCCUAACAGACCCGCGUCUGGCUCUGACCGUCUUCUUCGGCCCGUGCACCCCUUACCAGUUCCACCUGACUGGCCCAGGGAGGUGGGAGGGAGCCAGAAAUGCCAUCCUGACCCAGUGGGACCGAACAUUCAAGGUUACCAAAACUCGGAUUGUGCAAGAACCCCCACCUCCUUUUGAAAGUUUACUUAAGCUCUUUAGCUUUCUGGCUUUGCUUGUGGCCAUCUUCCUGGUUUUCCUGUAAGUGGGAGAUUUCCUAAAAGGCAUUUUCAGAUGCACGGGGUAGAUUUGCUGUGCUCUGAUUUCUCUACUACAGCAGCAGUGCCUUCCAAGUCAUAAGCACAUCU